AUGAAAAUACCAGUCAUUGAUAUUUCUGCUCUCGUAGAAGGGAAAGAAGACGAGAUCCCGAUGCUUGUUGAUGAGCUGGGCAAAGCUUGUGAACAGCUUGGUUUAUUCUACAUUACUGGUCAUACUAUCGGAGAUGAGUUGAUAGAGAAGCUGUCUGACGUACAAUCCAAAUUCUUUGCGCUGCCUUCGGACGUCAAGGAAAGUCUGGGUAUUAUGAAGAGUAAGGCUUACAGGGGAUACGUUAAGCCAGGAAGUGACGUCACCGACAAUCUAGCGGAUGUAAAGGAGGGGAUCUACUUCGGUCACGAGUUUGACGAUGAGACAGGAGGGGUCAUGCAAGGAAAAAACCAGUACCCCCCACGAGACAUUCUUCCGGAAGCGAAAGAGAUCGUCACCGAAUACAUGAGCAAAAUGGACAAUCUUGGCAAACACCUUGUGAGUGGACUGGCACUCUGGGUUUUCCAAGACUUUUUUGAUGAGAUGUUCUCCACGCUAUUCCCUUUGUUUGCAUUCUGGCACUACCCGGGUCAAGAUGAGGAGGCCGCCAAGGACUGGGGCAUAGGGCCUCACACAGACUAUGGGUUUAUGACCCUCCUCCUGCAAGAUAAUGUCGGGGGUCUACAAGCCAAGGACAAGGAUGGCCUGUGGUGUGAUGUCCCUCCAAAGCCAGGCACUCUCACAGUCAUGAUAGGAGAUGUCGUGGAGAUCUGGAGCAGAGGUCGUUACCAGGCAACCUGGCAUCGGGUGAAGAACACGGCCGCUGUUUCGAAAAUGUCUGUACCGUACCAUCAGCCAAGUGCUUCCUGUGUCAUUGAGCCUCUACAUGGUGUCGAGGCCGUCAGUAAGGAGGUCUACAAACCAAAGCCUCACACACCAUUCGUAUUUGGCGAUUACGUACAUGACAAGUUUCAGAAGUCGUAA